UACAAUAAUAAAGUAGAGAUUUGAAAAUUGAGUCUUGAUAUAAUAUUAUUAGAAAUAAAAAAAUACACUAGUACAAUAGUACUGAAUGUGGUUUAUAUAAAUCAGCUGUUUACAGAGUACGGAAAUUGGAAACAAUAACUCAGUUCAUCGUUGAUUAGUGAAAGAAAUUAUGGCUGCCGGAAUGGAAGACGCAGAUGGUCUUUUAGAGAAUGCUGAUGCAUUUAUCGAUAAUUUAGCCAAAGAGCUUCAAGAAUUAUAUUCGUAUAGAGAUUUGUUUUUUGAAAAUCAUCCAAUAGAAAUGGCACGGAAGAAAUAUGAAUGUGUUGAACAGAAAAAAGGAGAAUUAGCUGAAAAGUUUGAAAAUGUUGAUGUUGACAAACAGAUCCCAUUCGCACAAAGAGCCAGAUUCCAAUAUUUAAAAGGCAGAUGUUAUAAUGUGAGCAUCAAGUAUGACGCAAGGGCAACCCAUUGCUUGAGUAAAGCUGUUAAGCUAAACCCUCACAUGGUUGAAGCAUGGAAUGAGCUGGGGGAGUGCUAUUGGAAGAAUAUCAAUAUCAAGGAAGCCAGGGCUUGCUUCGAGGGCGCUUUGAAACAGGAUAGAAAUAAAGUUACCCUCAGAUGUCUAUCGAUAAUUCUCCGGCAAGAAGCAAGUGAGAGGAAGGACAGUGAAUCCUCACAAAUGAUACUCAAAAGUCUGGAAUAUGCCAAAGAAGCGGUCUCAAAGGAUAUUAAAGACGGUGAAUCCUGGAUCAUUCUGGGGAACUCAUAUCUGUGUCAGUACUUCACAUUAUCUCAAGACCCGGCCAUACUGAAGCAUUGCAUGAGCGCGUACGGACAGGCCUAUCUUGAUCCGAUUGCUAAAGGACAGCCGGACUUGUAUUACAACAAGGCUAUGACGCUGAAAUACGAAGAAAACUACAGCGGGGCACUGGAAACCUUCAAACGGGCGUGUGACCUGGAUCCUAUGUGGAUGCCGCCGGACAGAGAGAUGAUCAAAAUCAAACGGUACCUGGACGCUGCGGUCGAUCUCAUUAAGACACGAGGCAAGAUAAAGAACAAACGGCUGGCGAAUAUGCUUCAGGCGGUAGAUCAGAAGAUGUUGGGUGAAUACGCCGCUGGGGCGUUCGUGACGUUGGGUGGACGCCGUGACGUCACACUACAGCACGUGCGCCUCGACGCGCUCACUGAGGGCGAGAAUGAGAACAAGGUCAUCUUGGGACGGGUAGUAGGAUCCGUUCGCAGCGAGAACUCGGUGCCGUUCACAUUUGGUAUGACAGACGAGAGUAUGCAAUGCAUCAUAGUGACUGUAUACAAUCUGGCAGCCGGCCGGGGCACACUUGUCGGUGAUUGGGUUGCCAUACCAGAGCCUGUACUCACCACGCACAGUAUUGACACACCGGAAAAGAAAUACGAGUUCAAGUCGGUACGAGUGAACAACCCGACGGUGUUGUUCGUGAACGGACGUAGAGUGGAUCACACUCAGGUUGCGGGCACGCAGGUUAGCAGCACGUACGAAAUGCAGUGACGUCACGCCUCCGACAUAAUUAAGACCGGAUUUGUGGUUAAGAUGACUGGGGAUCGCUGGGAAACUACGAAAUAGAAAUCCGAUCUUGUUAUAUGUGUUUUGAGGGGAUAGAUAUAUUUAUGUCCUAUAAUAGUUAUUUAUGCAACUGUUGCGUAAUAAUGUAUAUUAAAACACGAAUGUGGGUUUAUCUUUGAUAAUAGAAUCCACAGGAGUGUUUUAAUACCUAAUUAUCAACAGUUGCAUGCAAGACUUUAUCUACACCCAUAAUAUGAAUCCUCUAUAAAAGAUUCUGAAACAGUUAACAUUAAAAAAGGCAGUCCUAGUAACCAUUACAUCAUCCAAAUGAGUGUUGUAAUGAAAACGGAUGAUAUAAUGUUGGACUGAAUUUCAUUACAACACUCGUUUGGAUGAUGUAACGGUUAUUAGGACAUUGGGUGUUUUAAUGUUGGCAAUAAAGCUAACUGUUUUAGAAUCUUUAAUGGAGAGAGUGGACAAUGAGACGGUGUUGUUAGUGAACUGACACGUGCCGUACGCAAAUGCGCGUACUUACUUGAAACGGUCACGUCACCAUAAUUGUUAACUAUAAGAGUUAUUUUUAUACUUUCAUAAAUUUAUAUUGGAAUCUAGACAGUUGUUAUUCGUUUCUCAUUUUUCGCAGUUAAAUUGUAUUUAUUGAAAAAAGCUUACUUAGUGCUUAAGUGUACUUAAGCUUACUGUAAAUUUCUGGAUUGGUACUUUUUAGAUUAGAUUACAGAUUUAGGUACCACACUGUCAGCUUACCAUGCUCAUAUUGCAUCUAUCUUGAGAUACGGUCUUAUAAUUUGGGGUAAUGGCGUAAACAUCCAAAAAGUAUUUAUUGCACAAAAAAAAUGUAUCCGUGCGAUUUGUGGGGUAGGUCCGUACGAAUCGUGUAGACCGCUGUUUAUUAAACUAAAAUUGUUAACCUUGCCGUGCCUAUACAUUUACGAAAUAAGCAUUUCUGUAAAGAGACAUAAAUAUCUUUUCACCACUGCCAAGGUAAUGUAUGACCGCGACCAACGUUAUCCAAAUAGACUUGUUUACAAAAUAGCACCCAGGACUACUUUGUUUACUAAAAAUUGUCAUGCCAUGUGUAUUCAAAUAUUUAAUAAACUUCCCGAUGCUAUUAAAAUGUUGAAUAUCGGUCCUUUUAAAACUCAAUUAUAUCAAUGGCUAAUUAGUUACAAUUUUUAUGCUGUAUCCGACUCUUUAAAUUUGUGAUUUUCUUUUUUAUAAUCUUGUGUUUAACUUUGACUACAUAAUAUGUAUAUGACAUGUAUAUUUUGUGUAGAUGCUAAUAUAAUGUAACAAUGAAAUAUUAUGUGCUGUAAUCUUAGAAUUUUAUUAUUAUAUACUGACAUGGAGGUAAUGUAAUUUGCAUGCCCUUUUUGGCUAAUGUGUUGAUUCGUAUAGAAUUAUUUUGUUAACUUGUAUACACACAUUAUGCAAAUAAAUAAUUAUUAUUACUAUUACUAACAACAUAUAUUAAUGAUAUAUUUAUUGUUUUCCGUAGUAUUGCCCAUCAGUUUCAAUUUGUUGUCUUUUUUUUGUUAGCCUAUCGGAUCCCACUGCUGGGCAAAGGCCUCCCCUACUUUACUCCAUUUGUCGCGGUCCUGUGCCAGGCAUUCGGAUCGUCACGCAAUCGUUUUCGGGUCUGCCGCGACGUCUUUGCCCGUCCUGAUGCACCUAAUGCGUGACUAUCUGUGCCUAUCGGUCUGUGUGCAUCCAACAUACAUGCCCAGCCCAGUUCCACUUUCGCCUGGCGGUUUUUCUCCCACAUCAGCAAUGCCCUAGCUAACUAAUAUUUAGUACUUAUCGGUAACAGCAGUCGUGCGACCUUUACGAAAACCGUCACAGAAUCGAUCACAAAUUUUAUGAACGAUGCGGUACUCGAACCCACAACGUCUCGCGUUCCGCGCGAGUGCUCCUCCAACAUAGCUAACCUUUCGAGUGACGUAUCGUCAUAAAAUCUUGUAUGCGUUGUUCAACUCUCAGGCUGUGGCUUCAUCUGCGAGAGGUCGUGGGUUCGAGUCAAAAUUUCAAGUUCAAGUUUUAUUUGUGUAUUAAUUCCAGAAGUGAGGGUUAUCACUUUAAAAACUUAACAAAUUAUCUGGUAACUAUCUUGUUGAUCAAGCCACAGUGAAAAUCAUAAAAAAAAAAUCAGUCGUUUCAUACCAUUGCCAUCGCACAAUAUAAUAAACAAUGCCACAGUAUAAAAAAAAUUACAAUUACACAAACUAAAAUGUAAUUUACACUCACAUUGUUUAAUUUUCAAAUAACGUAUUUUUAUUUUUUAAAUAUUUGUAAAUUUUCGGUCCAGAAUCAUUCAGUAUGAGCCACUUAAUACUGGUUUACUUAUUAGUGACUUAAUAUAAUAUUUGCGCUCAGAAAACUCAUACCCAAAUCUAUUCAAUAUCAACUAAAUGAAUUAUGUUUUAAAUUACCAAAUAUUUUUAUCUAUAUUUAAAAAAAAAUAUUGUGAUUUAUUAUGUGAAUAUAUUUUAACAAUUAAUAAAACUAAGUUGUAUUUUUUUUUGCAUUUAUAAAAACAGAUCAAAUUGUAUUUUUUGCGUACGCUCGGAUGUGGACCACACUUACCACUUUAUUUUUAUAUUUACAUAUAUUACAUAAAAAAAUUAUCCCACGGUAAUAAGGUAUAUAUAUAUAGACAUAUUUUAUACAUAGAGUCAUAUUAUAUGUUUUAAAUAAAAUUUAUUAGAGUUAGAUCUUGAUAAUAAUUUCUUUUUGUGCAUAAAUUUCAUAAAAAACUAAGAAACUUAAAUGUUUUAAAAGCAAUUGGUCCGACGUUCUUUGAAGCAAAACAAUUUUGACAAAUGUCAGUUUUCAACCAGGAUUGUUUAUUUGUUGUCAUGGCUUAAUAUGACGUCAUUGUACAUGUUUACCAAGCGCUCCAGAAUGUUUUGAGGUUUAUAUAUGAUACAACAAUUUGUUUUUAAAUACUUUGAAUACCCUACUUUUUCGGUGUUAUUUUUUAUAUGGCAAACUAUUAUGUAUAAUAACAAUAUGCAUAUUCCCUAUUGAUAAUAAGAUUAGAUAUUUAUUUAAUAUCUAGCCGAUUCCACCAGGGAAAAAAGGAAAUACGUUUAAUUAAAUUCAUCUUAUUACAAAUAUAAUAAAAUAAUAAGUAAUAAAUUUCGCAUUGAAUGGUGGUAGUUUCAUGUCGAUACGAUCAGUAGCUUAGGCGUGAACCUCAAACAAAGACCAUUUCCAUUAUAUAUGUAUAGAUGCCAUCUUGUUAGAAAUAUUUGCAAAGAAUAUUUUAAAAUAUACAAAAAUUUUCAGUUACUAUUUUUUGCUAUAAUGUAGAUAUGAUAGAAUUAUUUUCUUAGUAACGCAAAAAUACAUUGAACAAAUUUUGCUUAUAUUUGAGUGGGAUAUUUUUUUUUGUUUUGUCAACGUGCUCGUAUAUCUGCGAUGUGUCUAUGUCUGUAUUGCUCAGACAUCAGGAUCUCACACAAUUAAAAAUAAUAUUAUACAGUACUGAUAUAUACCAAUAAAAUUUAAUAUUAAGGCUAUUAGCAAUGUUCAGUUUUAGUCUUUCGAUGAAGAUAAAAUAUUAAUAAGCCAAUGAAAUCGAUUAAUAUCAAAGUAAACUCCCUGUUAAUUGGUGACAUGUGACUACUCUUUGUUAUUUAUGUAGACCGGUUAUUGUUUUUUUUAUACAGUCUGUCAACUUUAAAAAGAGUACUAUUAUCUAUCUAUACUUCAAAUUAUAGUACUCUUUUAUUUAAGUUUUUUUUUUUUACUUGAAGUAAUAUGUACAGGCACAAAUUUUCAGCUAUUUUAUACAUUUGUAAUUAGGUGUUGAUUAAUGUGCUAAAAUAAAUUACUAAUAAUAA